AUGUCUGAUGGGGACUACGAUUACCUCAUCAAAUUCCUGGCCCUCGGGGACUCUGGUGUAGGAAAGACCAGCUUCCUGUACCAGUACACAGACGGAAAAUUCAACUCAAAGUUCAUCACUACAGUGGGCAUCGAUUUUAGAGAAAAACGAGUGGUUUACAAAUCCACCGGUGCUGAUGGAUUGACAAGUAAAGGGCAGAAGAUCCACAUGCAGCUGUGGGACACUGCGGGACAAGAGAGGUUUCGCAGUUUGACGACAGCUUUUUUCCGGGAUGCGAUGGGUUUCCUUCUCUUGUUCGACCUGACAAAUGAACAAAGCUUCUUAAACGUCCGAAACUGGAUGAGUCAGUUGCAAGUCCAUGCUUACUGUGAAAACCCAGAUAUCGUGUUAUGUGGAAACAAGUGUGAUCUCUCUGACCUCAGAGCCGUCAGUGAAGAUGAGGCUCGAGAAUUGGCUGAGAAAUAUGGAAUCCCUUACUUUGAGACCAGUGCUGCCAGUGGUCAUAACGUGAGCGAGUCAGUGGAUGUUUUGUUGGAUCUAAUCAUGAAGCGAAUGGAGAGGUGUGUGGACAAGUCCUGGAUCCCAGAUGGUACGGUCCGAGCGAAUGGAAACGCAAACGCAGACCUGUCAGAGAGUCCUGAUAAAAGCAAAUGCGCGUGUUAA